AUGAGACUGGAAGAGCUACUGGAAUGCCCCCAGCCUGACAAGAUGAGGAGAAAGACGAGAAAGCUCAAACGCAAGGCAUUUGAAGAUAGUAAAUCACCCACAGAAGGGAGUGACCAAGAACGUGAAGAUGGUAGUAGUCAGUGCUGUGACUCUCCAACACACGAGAGAGGUCAUGGUGCAAAGAGACCGUAUGUGUGUACUGAGUGUGGAAAAGCCUUUAGUCAGAGUGCCAACCUCACUGUGCAUGAGCGAAUCCACACAGGAGAGAAGCCUUAUAAGUGUAAGGAGUGUGGGAAAGCCUUCAGUCAUAGUUCCAACCUCGUGGUCCAUCGGAGAAUUCACACAGGCCUGAAGCCGUACACAUGUAGCGAGUGUGGGAAGUGUUUCGGUGGUAAGUCACAUCUCAUCCGGCACCAGGGAAGCCACAGUGGAGAGAAAACAUACAAAUGUAAGGAGUGUGGGAAAGCCUUUAGUCGGAGUUCAGGACUUAUUUCUCAUCACAGAGUUCACACUGGCGAGAAGCCCUACACUUGUAUUGAGUGUGGGAAAGCAUUUAGCAGGAGUUCAAACCUUACUCAACAUCAGAGAAUGCACAGAGGAAAAAAGAUUUACAAAUGUAAAGAGUGUGGGAAAACAUGUGGUUCUAAUACAAAGAUUAUGGACCAUCAGAGAAUUCACAGUGGAGAGAAGCCCUAUGAGUGUGAUGAGUGUGGAAAAGCAUUCAUCUUGAAGAAGGCUCUUAAUGAACACCAGAGACUUCAUCGUCGAGAGAAACCUUAUAAAUGUAAGGAGUGUGGGAAAGCUUUUACUUCUAACCGAAACCUUAUUGAUCAUCAGAGAGUUCACACUGGAGAGAAGCCUUAUAAAUGUAAUGAGUGUGGGAAAACCUUCAGACAGACUUCCCAAGUUAUUCUCCAUUUGAGAACCCACACUAAAGAGAAACCCUAUAAAUGCAGUGAGUGUGGGAAAGCCUAUCGUUAUAGCUCACAGCUUUUUCAACAUCAAAGAAAACAUAACGAAGAGAAAGAAACCUUGCUGUUUGUAGGCCAGGUGUGAUGGCACACGCCUUUCAUCCCAGCAUUUAGGAGGCAGAGACAGGGAGAUCUCUGUGAGUUCUAGAACAGCUAAGGCCACACAGUGAGACCCCUGUCUUAGAAAAAAAGGAAAGUUGGCUCUAAGGCUAAUUGCUACUUUUCUGAAAAUUAGAUUUUUAGUAACAUUAAAUUUAAUUCUGCUUCUAAGAACCCAUACAGGAAAAAUAAUAAGUGCUAAAGUUUAACAAAAGGGAUAUUCGUGCCAGCAUUAUACAUAACUGAAAGGGAGAAAAAACGACCAUAGAUUAUUUCAUGUGCGGGAUGAAACAAAUGAUACAUCUAUUCAGAGUAUGCCUCUGAAGCCAGUCUGUUUUUAAAGAAUUUUUAAUGUGUGCCAUGGGGGAAAUUUUGAAGAAAAUGGAAAAUGAAAGAAUAAAAUAUCCAGAUAAAAUAUUUCUGGUUUUUCGAGACAGGGUUUUUCUGUGUAGCUUUGGCGCCUGUCCUGGAACUCACUCUGUAGCCGAGGCUGGCCUGGAACUCACAGAGAUCCGCCUGUCUCUGCCUCCCAAGUGCUGGGAUUAAAGGCAUGGGCCACCACCGCCGCCCUCAGAUAAAAUAUUUAUGCCUAGGAAAAAUGGGGAAAGUGAAAGAGGGCCAAACCUAAAUUUCAGCAAUGGUUAUCUCUGUUAAUAAGUUGUAGGUGAUUUCUAUUUUCUCCUGUGUACUUUUCUAGACUUUCUAGAUUUUUUACAAUGAGAGUGUUACUUUCUAAGAAAACAGUAUAUUUUAAAUAUAAUGAGUGCGUUCUUAUUUUUAUUCAGUGGUGGUAGGAAAAGUACCUAUUAUGUAGUCUUAAAAAGCUUGGGAUUCACCCUAAUACUGGCACUCCACUUCUUACUAGUAAAACCAGUGCUGCCUUUUGUUCUUUGCAGUUUUAAGGUAAGUUGACUCUAUAAUCACUGUUAGGUUAAAAGAACACAGCAAAGGACAUUAGUUCACCUUCUUUUCCUGCAUAGUAGAGUAAUCAUCCAUGAUGGACAGCUACCCCGAGCUCCAUCCUUCCAGCAAAUAUCUAGACAAUUAGGAAAAAAAUUUUCUUUUAAUGGACUGGAGAAAUUGUAGGCUCAAAAAAUAGGAAGUGGAGAAUUUUGCCUUCAUCGUGUUAUUUGGAGCUGAGUGGGUGAAAUACAGUUAGGUUGAGAGACCUAUGUCCUGAUCCACUUGCUGAGUACCAGCUUAACUACUUUGGACACAUGACUUCACUGCUCAGAUUUCUGGUUUACCUCAAAGGGCUGCUGUGAGGAUUAAGUGAGAUGAUGCCAGUGAUGUAUGCCAAGACUGGUACAUGGCAGAAACAAACAGCUCCAGUGAAGGUUAGUGGAGCCAUAUUUCUAAACACUCCCAAAAGAAAAUAACUUAAGAGAUAUUUAGUAUUUAGCAUAUUUUCAGGUGUAAUUAACAAGAUUCCAAGUAAUGAUAACUUUCAUCUUUAAAAUGUCAUUGUUGUUUCUGAAGAGGUCAUCUAGAAUUAAGCAGCUCAUCCUUUGUUUUUGUAACUCAGCAGUUCAUCAGACUUGCAAAAACUCCAUACGUUCUUCAUCAAAUUGCUUUUAUUGUUCAUUAUCUCAUGGUUGCAAGCCACUGGCCACACCUGCAUUCUUCUUCACACAGCUUCCCCCAAGACAGGACUGGAGUAAAGGAGCAGAACAUGCUUCUAUAAUUUAUUACUAUUGAAAAAAAUGUUUCCCCAAAGUGGGGGCCGAAUGCUGAUUAAUUAAUGUGACAAAUUUGACUGGAUUCCCAACCCCUGGGGAAUUGAACCUGGGGCCUCACAUACUAGCCAAGCACUGUACCACUCAUUUGUAACACCCUGAUCUUGAUGGCAAGCUUUCAGGAAGGUAUUAGCCUAUCUUUAGUCACUAUCAAAAAUUUUCAUUCCUUAGUUCAAAAUCCACCUAACUAUAUUUAGAAUCUCUCCAUUACUAAUUCCUCCUGUAUACAAUAAAUUCCUUAAGUCGA